ACGCACAGUUUUAAACACGACAUUUUAUUUUAACUUUUUAUUGUGAUUGUUUCCUUUUUAUUUUUAUUCCAUAUUUAAAUUGUUCUGAUUUUAAAAUAAACAAUAAUUAUUAAGAAUAAAACUAAAUAAUUUAUUUUAUCUUUUGUUUUAACGGACUCGUCAGCCAGUAUUUUAUGUAUUUCUUUUUUCGAAAUUCAAACUUAUUUUCUCAAUAAAUUUUACUUUUAACAGCGCUAGUAUUUGAAAACAAUUUUUAAUAAAAAUAUCGAAACAAAUUCAUUAUUCGAACGGGACUUUAGUGGCAGCUCAAUAAUAAUAACCCUAACUCAAGCUUUGGUGACAUCGGUUAUUGCUCUUAUAAUAAGAGUUUACAACUAAAAUAAAAUAAAAUGUUAAUGUUCUUAUUCUUGUUGGGAUUGGUUCCAACUACCCUGACAUUGGAUAAUGGAUUGGCACUAACACCGCCGAUGGGCUGGAUGACCUGGCAAAGGUUUAGACGUAUUACUGAUUGCGAAAAGUAUCCGAGAGACUGUAUCAGUGAGGAGCUAAUCAAAAGAACUGCAGACAAAUUGGUGGAAGAUGGAUAUCUAGAAGCUGGCUAUGAAUAUUUAAUCAUCGAUGACUGCUGGUCCCAGAAGCAUAGGAGCUCUGACGGUCGCUUAAUGCCUGAUCGGAAACGAUUCAAAAGCGGCAUGAAAGCUUUGGCUGAUUACAUUCAUAGCAAAGGCUUUAAGUUCGGCAUGUAUCAGAAUUACUCCAACGUGACAUGCGCGGGCUACCCUGGCAUAAUGGACUAUGAGGACAUUGAUAUAGCCUCCUUCGUUGAAUGGGAAAUAGAUUAUCUGAAGUUGGACGCCUGUUACAUUGAUCCUUUGAAGUUGGACACAGCUUAUCCAGAGUUUGGAAGAAAACUGAACGCUAGCGGUCGACCGAUUGUGUUUUCUUGUAGCUGGCCAGCUUAUCAGGAGAGUUACAACAUUAAAAAGCCAAACUACACGUCAAUUGCCGAAACCUGCAAUUUAUGGCGAGUAUUGGGCGACAUUGAGGACUCAUGGGCUGUAUUGUCCAACGUGAUCGAUUGGUACGGCCACAAUCAAGAUAGGAUCGCUCCCAACGCCGGCCCUGGCCAAUGGAACGACCCUGAUAUGCUUGUAAUAGGAAACUUUGGCUUAUCUCUGGAUCAGGCCCGGAUUCAGAUGGCUAUAUGGGCCAUAAUGGCGGCCCCAUUAUUAAUAAGCGUGGACCUAGAUGACAUCAGGCCUGAAUUCAAGGAGGUUUUACUCAAUAAAGAGGUUAUAUACGUCAAUCAAGAUGUUUUGGGCAAACAGGGUCUGAGAGUGUACAAGAAUAGGAAUAGUAAAGUGGAAAUCUGGUCACGAGAGUUAGCAGACAGAUCCUAUGCCGUUGCUUUUAUAAGUAAAAAAGAUUAUGGAGCUCCUUACCCGGAACACAACUUUACUUUCACCCAGAUGAAAUUACCAGAAGGAAAAUACAAAGUUAGAGACUUAUAUCUUAAGGAAAACGUACCAAGUUUUGGCCCGGAUGGGACAUUUCCGGUACGGAUAAACCCUACAGGUGUUAAAUUCUUUAAGUUUAUUCCAAAAGAGACUGAGAACGAAGUUUACAAUAAGUAAUUAAUAUAAAGUCCAAUUAUAUUUUCAUGUUUCUGAUGUAAUUCCUAAACGUAAUAUUCUUA